GCACACAGCACAAUAUGUACCUAAAAUUAUUAUUGACUGCAUCGGUUGUCGUUUUGGGGGCAACUGUCCCCAUUUUGCUGGCGGGUGGCACAGCGCAGUGCAAAAUCAAGUGGUUGUUUGGUAUCCCGUGUGAAGAUGUUUAUGGAGCAUUGGUCAAUCAGAUCAAGGCCUGGCAGAUCCAGCAAAGCUGCCUCGACGCAGGAGAGACAUGCUCAUAUGAACUUGUUUCGACCGCUCCGAACCAGAUAACAGCCACGCACACGUCUCCAAAAACCAAGAAAGUCAAUGACCUGCAGUUUCUUCUGGAGCAGUCCACCGUUUGCAAAGUGACCGGAGAAGGAAUGUGUGAGCCCUCCAAAGAUCCUGCAGAUAACAGUACCAACUUCUGCAGCCUCCAGAACCUGAUAGACGGAAGUGACCUGAUUGACGCUGAGGGAUACAAACGCUUCACCAACAAAUGGAUCUGUGCUGGCUUUGAAAAUGCCAACUGCACCUCGCCAUGAACAAAAUGUGAAAAUUGGCAAGCUGGGAAAACAUCAGAAAGCACUUGUUUUUUUUUCUCUUCUUUCUGACAUUUUAUUUUAGACUAGCAGCAAAAAUACUUGCAUACUAACUAUGUAGGGUGA